AUGCUUUCUGUCGGAAUUAUCAGCGUAGAUGGCUUCGGUCUGAUUAUCUCCGGUCUCUCCGCUGCAAAUAUCUCAUUCUAUGUACAGACCGGUGCCGAAAUUCACUGGCGACAAGCGCAUUGGUUCCAUCGGGACGCGGCCUCUAUCAAAACACUAUUGACGGGAUUGACUGGGCUUGUUAUCGGAGAAAUAAUUUUCACCAUCGCGGCCUACGUAUUGACACCCUACAUCUACAACUUCGUUCACGCCGGAGUAUCGGUAUUCCAAUAUCUUUUUGCUCCGCUUUUCAGCAAAUAUUGGAAAUGGAAAGGGUCGAAGUCCGACAACAAUCCCUACGAGCAGGUGGCAAUAAAAGACUGGGAUGAGGAGAGCAAUGUCCCCGAGACAGAAAGCAUGUUAGGGCUUCAAAGUCCCGGCCCGGCACCCGGCCAACCCACCAAAACAGGCACUACGAAAAAAGUGAUUAGCAUCUUUGUAGCCUCGGCUGCUACAUACGUCCUUACUUUGUGCGUUAUUCGCCCUUAUGACGCCGCUUACGACUUCCUUUCUCAAACUGUCGUUAUUACACCAUUUGUGAAACCUCCAACUCGCACCUUAACCUCUUCUUUCUACCUUCCUGAUCUACCUGGGGACUACAGCUGGCUGUACAACCAUACCGCGAUUGGACCAACCUCCAAAUACGACUGGAUGCCAGUUGAAAAGACACCUGGUUUCAGAGAUUGGUAUGAAGGUUUCAACGGCAGCGUACCACAACAUUAUGAUCCCAAUCUAGAUCCCAUUCAUCUCUCAAACCUGGACGCGGAUAUCAUCGAGCCUCUGCGCGAGACACUGAAAGAUGGCAAGAUCAAGAUAAAGCACGUCUUCUUGUUCAAGCUGGAAAGUACCCGUUCCGAUGUCUUCCCAGUCAAGAAAGACGGCCAUAUCGCCGACAUAAUCAGGAAGUCCUAUUCCGGUGAAAUUCCCGACGAAGUCGAAGACAGACUCGCCAACUUAACUCGAAACGCAGAAAUACUCACCGGUGUUCCAUCUGGAUUUGAUCAACACGAUUUCAAUCCCCGCGGUGGACUCUACGCAUCAGACGCAUACACAGGAGGUACUUUCACACUGAAAAGUAUCGUCGCUAGUGUCUGUGGUGCGAACCCUCUAGUCGUGGACUUCAACCGCGAAUUCUUCCAUCACAUCUACCAACCAUGCAUGCCUCAUAUCUUCAAUACACUCAACAAGCUCUCGCCCGCUCUACCGAAGAACUCGACAAAGUCAACGGAUUCUAAAGACUUCAAGUCUUGGCCCUGGCGCUCGACAAUGAUGCAAAGUAUCACAGAUGACUACGAUAAUCAAGACCGACUCACGCCAGCCAUGGGAUUCGAUGAUAAAGUCACCGAUAAGACGAUAACAAAGGACUUUAAAAAGAAGCCGGGUCCUAAUCCUGAGAAGUACAAUUUCUGGGGCUACGAAGAACACAAGCUCCGCGAGUAUUUCCUUGAUGCGCUCAUUCAAGCCGAGAAGAAGCAUGAGCGCGUUUUCUUAACCCAUUUGACGGGACAAACGCAUCAUCCUUGGAAAAUGCCUAUAGGCGAGGAAUACGAGGCACUCAUUGCCUCGGGCCUCUGGAACAAGAAUGAUAAAGUCAAUCGGUACCUCAACACAAUUGGGGUCAACGAUAAAUGGCUCGGAGAAGUAAUGGAUCUUCUCAAUGAAGCUGGGGUUGCGGAUGAGACUCUCGUCGUCAUGGUCGGCGAUCACGGCAUCUCCCUCCUCGAAGACGGCGGCGUAACACCAAACGACAACCCCCACGUCAAAAACUUCCACGUCCCCCUAGUCUUCUCCCAUCCCUCCCUCCCCCCAAUAACCCUGAACAACCGAAUCUCAUCCCUCCAAAUUCUCCCUACAAUCCUCGACCUCCUAGUACAAUCAUCAUCUCUAGACGCUCCCUCCGCAAAGGCAAUCCAAGACCUCCUGCCCCUCUACGAAGGACAAUCCAUGAUCCGAGAACCCGUCCCCGAAGCUGAAGGAAAACAAGACUGGCAAUUCACCGUCAUGAACACGGGCGGAACAUGGCUUGCGCUUCGCUCAGCUGCGAAGCCAUAUAGACUUGUUGUGCCUCUUGUUCCGGAUGUGGAGUGGAGGUUUUCAGACGUUAGUAGUGAUCCUAUUGAGGAGAGGACGCUGCAGUCAUUUAAUCUUAAGCCGCUUUUGAAAGAUGUGGGGAAUGUUCAUGGAGAAGCGGCUGCAGAGUGGGUUGGUGAGGCGGCGCAUGUUGCGCAGUGGUGGGUUGCUGAGAAUUGGAGGAGGUGGGAGUAUUUACCUGAGAAUUAA